CACCAGUGCGCACAUUUGAUUUCUCACAUCACAUGCAUUGCGCUUACGCUGGGUUCGUAUCCGAUUAUGAGUUGUGUUUGGCGUUCGUGAUGGGUACUAAAUUCUGAUUUAUUUGAAAUCGAACCCUGCUCAAUGCUUCUUAUUGACCAGAAACUUCAUUUUCACAUGUAAACCUGCGAGUCUGGAAUUAUUCCUACUUGAGACAAGCCCUUGAAGAUGUCAGCCUCUCCGGGCUUUGGCCGUGGGGGGCGUGGUGCUGCCCUCAAGGCUCUGUUGGAGAAUCCCGUUAGGCGCCCAGGACAGGUCCCUGCAACACAGAGCACAAACGGCCACGGCCCUCCCGAGAGAUCCUCACCUUCACCCCCGGCUGCACAGUCGGCUGUCCCGGGUGCCACCACCCACCCAUCGCAGAACGGACACAAUGGGACUCUCCCAUUAAAGAAUGGGGAGGCAGCUGCGGCCAAGCCACAGCCAUCCGUUGGGAGGGGCCUGGCUGGUUUGUACCAGCAAAUGCAGAUAAGCAGGGGCAACUCACCAAUAGGGUCAGGAUCAUCCUCACCCAAAUCAGGCACUGGCACCCCAGCAGGCACACCCACACCCCCAUCCUCGGGCACCGGUACGCCACUGGGUCGGGGUAUUGCCGGUCUGGCCUCCCGUAGCAGCCCAUCCGCUUUAGGCAGAGGGAUUGCAGGCCUGAAGCAGAAGACUUUCCCCCUAACCCAGAGCCCAGCACACCAAAGCCCGCACACGGCCCAGUCGCCCAUGUCCCCAGCGGAUACGGGUACCGCCACGCCUCAGACGCCGCCUGAGCAACCUGCCGCGGCAAGAGCAGCCAGGGAUGAUAAGCCAGAAGUACAAGUGACUAUACCUGAACCAGGAACAGCAGGCAAUGUUAUAAAGGUGGCCAGCAACUACCUCCCGAUCCGGUUUAAGACGGAAUCCAUCUGGCAGUAUGCUGUCUCCUUCACUCCACACAUUGAGAGCAAGAAGAUGAAAAUGAAGCUGCUCUAUACAUACCUAGAUGAUAUCUGCAAGGUCCGAGCGUUCGACGGCAUGAUCCUGUUUCUGCCUAUCCAACUCAGGGAGAAGGUCACUAUAUUCAAGAACAGAGGGCUACGAGAUGACACUGAGUAUGAGGGGAAGAUUCAGCUAGCGAAAGCACUCCAGCCCAAGGACUGCAUCCAGCUCUAUAAUGUCAUCUUCAGAAAGAUCAUGAGAAUUCUGUCCAUGAGUCAGGUGGGCCGCCACUACUACAGUCCAGACCUUGCCACUAUGAUACCACAACACAAGCUGGAGAUUUGGCCCGGCUAUGUCACGGCCAUCCACGAGUACAGCUCUGGACUAAUGCUGCAGCUGGAUGUAUCCCACAAGGUUCUAUGCUACGAAACCAUCCUUGAUACCAUGACUGAAAUAUACCGAAGAAAUCCAAACAAUUUCCAAGACGAGUGCGUACGUCACAUAGUCGGCACCAUAGUACUGACACGCUACAAUAAUCAGACCUACCGUGUGGACGACAUCGCCUGGGACAAGAACCCCCUCAGCAAGUUCUUGUACCACAACAAGGAAGAGAUGACGUUUGUGGACUACUACAAGAAACAUUACGACAAGGACAUUACUGACACUGGACAGCCUCUCCUGAUCAGCAAGCCGAAGAAGAAGGAACAGCAACGGAGUGAGGGCAAGCCGUCAGUGAUUUGCUUGGUGCCGGAGCUAGCCUGUCGCACAGGACUGACAGACGAGAUGCGCAGUGAUUUCAGGGUCAUGAAGGAUCUUGCAUCCCAUACCCGCAUCACGCCCGCCCAACGUCACCUCUCGCUGCGAAAGUUCAUCGACAACAUCUACAAGAACCCCGACGCCCUGAGAGAGCUGACCAACUGGGGCAUGAAUGUGGACAGAGACAUCCUGGAGUUGGAUGGCAGACAGCUGCCUCGUGAAAGGAUCAAGAUGCGACAUAACACCUACCAGGCCAACCCUGAGGCCGACUGGGGCAGAGACAUGACCAAAGACAAAGUCAUUGUGCCGGUUGACUUGAACCACUGGCUGUUGGUGUUCUGCAAGCGGGACGCCAUCCGCGCCGGCGACUUCCUGCAGAUGAUGGAGCGAUGCUGUCCUCAGUUGGGCAUCCGCUACCAGCCGCCCAUGCGCUUUCAGCUGCAGGACGACAAGACCCAGACCUAUCUCAGCACCAUCCGCGACGCCAUUAACCCGCAGCUGCAACUGGUAGUCAUCAUUUUCCCAACGUCCCGAGAUGACCGCUACAGCGCCGUCAAGAAGCUCUGCUGCAUUGAGAAAGCUAUCCCAUCACAGGUCAUCAUCUCGAGGACCAUCAGCCAGCAGCAGAAACUGCGUAGCGUGACCCAGAAGAUUGCCCUACAGAUCAACUGUAAGCUGGGCGGUGAGCUCUGGGCUGUCGAAAUCCCUGUGUCCGACAUGAUGGUCGUUGGCAUAGACGUCUACCACGAUCCUGCCAAGGGAGGUAGAUCCAUCGGUGCCUUCGUGGCAAGCACCAACAAGUUGUUCACUCGCUGGUACUCCCGAGUCUGUUUCCAGACUCCCCAGCAGGAACUGAUCGACGGACUGAAACUCUGCCUUGUCGCUUCCAUCAAGAAAUACCACGAGGUCAACCACAAGAUGCCGCAGAAGAUCGUCAUCUUCCGUGACGGCGUCGGCGACGGUCAACUGAACAUCGUUGCCACCUACGAGCAGGAGCAGCUGACCUCUUGCUUUGAGAUGUUCGGCGAGACCUACAAGCCGUCCCUCACCAUCGUCAUCGUUCAGAAGCGCAUCAACACCAGAAUAUUCAGUGUCUUGAAUGGCAACCAGCUUCAGAACCCUGCCCCAGGAUGCGUGGUGGACCACACCAUCACCAGACCCAACUGGUACGACUUCUUCCUAGUCAGCCAGCAUGUCAGACAAGGCACCGUCACGCCAACGCACUACGUCGUCGUGUACGACACCAGCAAGUUGAACGCCGACAAAAUGCAGAGACUGGCCUACAAACUGACCCACCUGUACUACAACUGGCCAGGGACGGUGCGGGUGCCGGCCCCCUGCCAAUACGCCCACAAGCUGGCCUACCAGGUGGGAGAAAACCUCAAGAAGGAACCCUCCCUGGAGCUAUCGGACAGACUCUUCUUCCUGUAAAAACCUACCACCCAGUCAGGUCAAAAGCUCGCAGGUCAAGAGGUCGAGGUUAAAAGUCCACCGUGCCAAGCGUAUCAUUCCCAAAAACUUUCCAGCUUUGUUUCUCUUGUUGAGUAGUUUUUAGAUGUGUUAAUAUGUGUAUUAACUUUAUCUUUAUCCGUUUGUGCCUUUUUUUAACUCGGGGAAAAUCGACCCUUUUUUAAAAGCUUUCAUUUGA